AUGGCAGUCAAAGAACUGGCCAGGCUAUUUGAGCCUCCCCUCGAUCCUGAAUCCUCAAACCGCCCAACUAAUCGACCCCGAAGAACCUAUACCCACCGGAACUCUGAUGAUAUCCAGCCACGGUCCCCUGCUCGCUUCAUAGCGACAUCGCCUACACCUAUGCGAAUAGAUGGCUUGCCGACACCAGACCAUGCGAGUCUGCCUAAUGUCCUGGCCAUCGACGACUACCGUGACAGCCUCGAUAUCACCGACCUGGGCAGUACGAAGGACGCCACUCCAUAUAAUACUUCUAACGACACCGAACCCUUAGUUGACUCGUCGAAAGACGCAACUACCGACGAAAUUCACGAAUUACUGGACCGAUCGGACACUGCUACGUUGGUGGAGCGUCAUCGGUUCCCGCCUCAUACACCCGUGCCGGCCACGGUCGUGUUCUCUCGAAAGGCCUUCCCCCUCAGCUUACCCAAGCUCGACAAAUAUCUUUCGAACCUCCCCAUGCCAUCGUUUUCCCAGCACAGGCAUGGAAUUAUUGAAAUGUUCCUUCCUAUGCAGAAACUGGCGGACUCGGGGCGCACAAUAGACGAUUUUGAGGCCAAUUCCAAAGUAGCCCCGGCUUGGCGCAACAGGAAAACUAUUCUAGGAUCCGCAGUUAAUAUUAUACUUGGAUUUACCGGAUCGAGCGCCCUUGCGUCAUUCUACAGCUUGCAAGGCUUGCUGAACACCAUACAGAUAUUUGCUUUGCUUCUCCGGACGAUAGUUCCUGUCACCGAUACCGAUGUCGUGAAUUCUUGGAGGCAAUUGUUCCUUGGGACAAUUCCCAACAUCCUGGCCUUAAAUUUUGCGUCUAAUAUACUACAAUCGCUCAUUUACCUCGCCGUAUUCAUGGCCAUAGCCGGCGGACUACUCUAUUACUUUUUCCGUUCUACCCCUUUGUGUGAUCGUUACACCGCUAUCGAAGGCCUACAGCGCUCCGAGCCGAAGUCAGGCAAAUGGGGUAUACUCAUUGUCACCUUCCUUCUAACAGCACUGUACUUGCCACUUAGUACCAUGGCGGUUCAUGUCAUCGUUUGGUCUGACGAUCUCUGGGUUGUGCCGAAUUACUACACCAACGCAACCUCUUUUCCUCCCUCCGUUGAACCGCUUGGCCCUCCCAGCGAAUUCCGAGAUCCCUUGGAUUUCUGUUGGACUACCACUAUGAAGAAAAACGAGAUUAAUUACGCCCCUGUGGUUAUAAUUAUGUCGAUCAUAGUUGUUGCAUCUCUGACGGUUUGGUUUCCCUUGGCGCUCCGGAAGGUCAUCCAGCGCUCUGCUCCGAAGGUGGAUACGUUUACAGAUCUUGGUCGCCCCAGAAACGAAGGCGACAUGGAUCGCGAAUACCACCGCCUGCUCUUGCGUGAUCGGAAUCCCUUCUCUUUCCUCUAUGGCGGCUAUCGACGCGGUUGGGGCACGUACCAGUCUACAUACCUUUUCGCGAAACUCAGCACCCUUUUCAUCAUUGCUGUCAUUGACUCUAACAACUGUUUGUUCCGCACUGUAUCACGGACGUGGCUUCCGAUAGUUCGCCAAAUACUCUUGCUUGCGUCUACCAUCGGCUUUUUCGUUGCACAGUGUCUACUCGCUCCCUUCCUGGACCCCGUCAACAAUGCGAGCGAAUGGGUAUCAAGACUGAAUUAUCUCACCACUGCUGCUGUUGCCCUCGGAGUCGCCCUCAAGAUACCCGGAAAGGAUAUUCUCAAUACAUAUAUCUUAUACGCUAUCUAUGUUAUAACUUAUGGGUUCAGUAUAUACUUCACGCUCAUCAACAUGAGCAUCGUACAUAGAGUAGUCAAGCGCCUCGCUCGUCGUGUCGAUUUCAGUAUCGACGUGUUUUCUCCUUGGUUGGAUAUAUCCCCCUCUUCCAUUCAUAUAAGGCGUCGCAUAUGGCAAGAAACUAUAACAACAUUGAUAUUGACAUCCCCGGAUUGCCAAAUCCCCCCAGAACAGGACAUGCUAUUCGCCCAAGCUCGCGACUCGGAGUUCCCGCCAUAUCUCCUGGAUUUCCUCGGUUCGCCCAGCGAAAGGCACGUGGAGAACUUGAAGAUCCUACGCGAAAUCGGGACGCUAGCAUAUGCUCGAGGCGUUGCUUUGAUAUCUGGUGCCGACCAUGAGCUGUACCGCGAUAUCGCCAAAGAAAUACAAGGCAACUUCAUCGGACCGGACUGCUAUUGGAAGGCCCAGAAAGGGAGACCUAAUUGUCGUAGUUUCUUUGGUAAUGCUUGGUGGAUUCCAUUUCCCCCUACUCUGGUGAUACAGUAUGACGACGGUCCGUUUGCAAUCAUCCAAGGUGCAAAGGAUUUGGAGGAAUACAUUACUCAGAAUUCCGACCCCGAUAUCCGAAGACGGCGAGACAUCCGUUUAGCCCUUCGAGCCCUCGAUGGACAGGUAGUGAACUGGCCACAUCGUCAUGUCACUGCCAUUGGCUCUAACUCAAUCUUCAGCUGUAAGCGACGCUACAAAGCUGAUGUUGCCAUCCAAUACCAUACAUGCACUCUGAAUAUCAAGCAUCGCGGAAAACUCUUUUGGAAAGACAUACCCUUGGGUAGUGGUUUCACUCUGGAGCUAGUUUACACCAAAGAUGUCUGCUUGAACGGCGAAAUCAUUGGUCUCACGGAGGACUUCGACCUCACACCGCCUCUGGCGCGCUUUCUCUCAAUGAACCGUGAUCUAAUUCACCGAAGACUUGGAGCCCUUGAUGCCGUCCUGGAUGAUUAUCGCAUCCAUCAUGAAGAGGAGUGUCGACAUAAACGGGAUACAUUGACUUAUGCUUUCCUAACCAAUGUCUACGAUCGACCACAACAUUUCGCAGAGGUGGCGAAGUGGGUUACGGGCCACGAAAAGGACCUCCGAAUUGGGCAGCUGAUAGUUGGCAGCGAGGAAGCCCUGUCGAAGGCGUACGAGCGGUCGGUCGUUGUCGCGGAAACGGAGGCGGCAACUUGGUGGUAUAUCUUCUGGGAUGAUUUCUGGCGGAGAAACAACGAUGCGAUACCUGCUCUUCAGCUGCACGCGCAAGAUUUCAACCCACAUUAUCCUACCUCAAUAGCCUAUACUCCCCUCCCUCGCCCAAACCUUGAGUCUUUUCUGAUACAACGAGGUCUCAUGUCGUCUACUCCUCGAUGGAAGGAUAUCUUUCACCACGGCUUGUUGAACAAAAUUUACGUUAGGCUCAAUGAUGCCGUAUUUCGUGGCUCAAAUCAGGCUGUUAUGUUUCAUAUGGGUGUGACGGGCUCGGAGAUGAGUAUGGAGGGUGUGGAUAUGGGCCAAUCGUCGACAUUAGGCACUGGUGGAGGAACAGAUCACGACGACGAGUCCUUGCGGCCGCGGCCUACGUACAGAUGGGAGGGCCUCCUCAUGGAUCCCGUCAGGGGUAGAAGGCGACGAAGAGAUGGAUGGUUCGUCAAACUCGGGGCUUAUUUGGGGCUCACACCAAUAUGGCGUUCUGGGUCGCCAUCGAAGGGCGUGUCAUUAGACGUACAACUCCAGAAUGGCCGCUACGUGGUCCUCGAGGAGGAAGACACUUCAUUGGACUCGACAAAGAACACUGUUACUAGCUAA